GUGGCUCCCCGAAAUCGGGAACGGCACGUUUCUCCCCCAGAAGCUAAGACGGUACCCAUAGAUAAGGCGCGCCGGCAGAAGGGACUAGGAAAAAAACCGGGACAUUUUGUGAGUCUGGGGCCUCUCUCACACAGAAAAAAAAGACCUCUCCUUUUCCCUCAGCAAGCAUCACGAGACAGCAUUAGAUUUGGUUUUCCCAUAUACGCCGAGCGCAUUCAUACCGUUUUGUUUCUUAAUAGCCAUGUCUCCCACCGCUUCUACAGGCAAGGAGAAGGAGUCCAACUUGGCUCGCCUUCUCGGCUCAGGUUCUGCUGGUAUUGCCGAGCUCGCCAUCUUCCAUCCCGUUGACACUAUUGCUAAGCGUCUCAUGAGCAACCAGAGCCGAGUUGCCAGCGCGAGCCAAUUGAACCAAGUCAUCUUUAAGGAGCAUGCUAGUGCCACUGUUGGCCGAAAGUUUGUCUCUUUGUUCCCUGGUCUGGGUUAUGCUGCCGGUUACAAGGUCCUUCAGCGAAUCUACAAGUACGGCGGUCAGCCCGUUGCCCGUGAUUGGCUUGGCCAGCACUAUGGCAAGGACUUUGAGAACGCUUUUGGUAAGAAGACUGGCAAGGCUAUCAUGCACUCUACGGCUGGAAGUUUGAUCGGCAUUGGUGAAAUCGUCCUCUUGCCCCUCGAUGUCCUCAAGAUUAAGCGCCAGACAAACCCCGAGGCUUUCCGUGGCCGUGGUGUCUUCAAGAUCGUUGCUGACGAAGGCUUCGGUCUCUACCGUGGUUGGGGCUGGACCGCUGCCCGUAACGCUCCUGGCUCGUUUGCUCUUUUCGGUGGCUCUGCUUUCGCCAAGGAAUACAUUUUCCAUCUCGAGGACUACAACAAGGCCAGCUGGUUCCAAAACUUUGUUGCCUCUAUUGCCGGUGCCUCCGCCUCGCUUGUCGUCUCGGCUCCUCUCGACGUCAUCAAGACCCGAAUUCAAAACCGUAACUUCGACAACCCGGAGAGCGGCUUCCGAAUCCUCACCAACAUGGCAAAGAACGAGGGAUUCCCUGCCUUCUUCAAGGGCCUUGUGCCCAAGCUUCUCAUGACCGGCCCCAAGCUGGUCUUCUCCUUCUGGCUGGCUCAGACCUUGAUUCCCGCAUUUGACGUCAUGUUCAAGAAGCAAUAAAUGUGAGAUGAGUCGACUCUAUGCUUUGGUAUAAAAGAAACGGCGCCUGGUUCUUUUUUUGUUCUUUAUUUACGGGAAGGCAUCCUUUUUUUGUGUCCUUCACGGUGUGUUAGUAGAUGAAGGCACUCAGCUCUCUGUAGAAAUAUUUAGUAGAGAGGUACUGGCACCAUCCGGGGUCCGGCCUCUUGGAUUUUCCUCCUUUUUUCUCCUAUACUCUGUUAUAAUUGCUACUUCUCUGUGUCUGAUGCGUAAAUGUAAAGCUAGGCUACAAGCCUACUGCAUUUGAGGGUUCUCUCGCUUUUGAUUGACUGUCGGCUGCACGUGCCGAACAUCUCGAUACCCCUUGACGGCUGUAACGCUUUUUUACCACGCUAUAAUAAUCGCUAUGUAACAAUCGAUAAAAUUAUAAAAAUAUACCUCACAGGCAUUUGGUGCCCAUUGUCUUGGUCGCGUGUCCUUCUCAUUAAACAAGGGUGCACGCGUCUGCCCACACUGAACCAUGGUUGCGCUGGCGAGCUGUUACCCGGGCAACAUGUGCGAGUCCCGCAGCGGGAAACAAACAAAGGCCCUAGCCAGCUG